GUGGAGGUAACGCCAGGCCCUGCCCCCUGCAGAGCCGGAAGCGGAGUCGCCCUGAGAGGUCGCACGUCUCGUAGGCGCCUCAGCCCAGCCGCGCGCCUUGGCCCAUGGCCGCCUACUCCUACCGCCCCGGCCCCGGGGCCGGCCCAGGGCCUGCUGCGGGCGCGGCGCUGCCGGACCAGAGCUUUCUGUGGAACGUCUUCCAGAGGGUUGAUAAAGACAGGAGUGGAGUGAUGACGACACCGAGCUUCAGCAAGCUCUCCAACGGUGAGUGGGCCAGUGGGACCUGGGUCCGGAUCCAGAAGCCGCGAGCCUGCUCUGCUCACAGUGGAUAACUUUCUUUCUGAAGUUCAUUUUCCAAGGACAAAGGGAUCAUUAGGACAAAGUAUUAUUACUGCUUCAUGGUGGAGAUGCUUCUGGUUUGUGUUGUGGCUGCCGCUGUUG